GAUCCGCACAAGGGAGUCGUCCGGUCUAAUCGUGCUGCUGAGUUCGCAGCAUCGGCUGUCGUUCGUGGCGGUGUCGCUGGAAGAGGGCCGCGCUUGCCUCAAGUUCUCUGACCCUCCGAACUCUCCCCUCAGCCUCUGCCUCAGAGACGCCCUCAACGAUGGUGCAUGGCAUGCCGUUACGGCUUCAAGAUUUGGAUCCAACCUGGAGCUCAGUGUCGACAUGGGGGAUGGAGCCGGUCAGUAUGGGAUUAUAUUUGCAGCAAAAUACUCUGCAGAAGCCGGAGACUCAAGUCCUUUCCUAACUGAGCCUCAGUUGCUGCAAGUCCACCGACAAGAAGGCGUCUUGGUAGGAGGGAUGCCCGUCUUUGAUGCCAACACUCCGGCCUCUGUAACGUCCAACCUCAAAAACUCAUGUCUGGACGACUUGAGACUAGACGGUCACGCGUUGCCCCUACCACCGUACUACAAGUUCUCCGUGUUUCAACGGAGGAUCUUGUGUCAACACAGCGCCAGGUGA